GCCAAUCAGUAAAAAAAAAAGUCACCACCAGAAAGUCGCUGCCGCAAAGCCGUGAAUAAGCACCUCUCUUCAUGAAAAUGAGUAAUACGACCAAUCACGUCUUGAUACCGUGAACUAGGUUUGAUAUUAGCCGUUCGUGAGCUUCGUGCAAUGCGCCUUUUGAUAAUCGGACGUUGGCGGAGAGUAGUUGGCUGAGCAUACGACUUUAACAUUGCAUUUCGCAAUGCAGUCCAUAAAUGUGGCUUGGAGAAGGUUCAUGAUAUCAAUAUUGAUCGAAAGCUGCCGAAUCGCCACGGCAAUCUGCCUCAGAAGCGUGGGGUGCACCAGUCAGCAUGCUGUGGACCCCAGCCGCUGCAAGCGCAACCGUUUUGACCAAUGUGUGACCCUGAAUGCGACCCGCUGGUCUGUUACAGGGCCCAAACCGAGUUUUUGGGAGACCCAGGUCAUGGCGCAGGUGCCCUCACGAUCGCCUCUUCACGGGCUGGCUGAUGGGUGCGAUGGCUGGAUCAUGUUUCAUCAGUGCACCACGUGUGACCAGCGCGGGGACGUGCGCCAGCUAUCUCAGAACCUCCCAUUCGAUAGCAAAGCCGACGAUGCCGAUGGAGCGGGACGUCAAGCAGUUUUGCCUUUUGCAAAGGAUACAUUGGCAUUUUUCGCGUGUACAGGUGGGAUUUUAGGGUUUACCGCGAGAAGCACGACAGUUGUACGAAAUCUGCAUUUAGACAUAACGUCAUCCGGUCACUCACAGUCGAGCACACUAAACGCUCACUGUGGGUGUGUGGUUUUGUGCGGAAGUAAGGUUGCCAAAUCCGCUGCAGUUUUGAUUGGUGCUGUUUUCUGAAGUAGGGAGCACUUUUAGUCGGAGGUUUCUGUGCCGCCGCGUGUUGUGCUUUUAGAUUUCCGGAGAGCAGUCUCUGCGCUAGACACUAGCGAACGUUGAACGGGCGUGUUAAGGGGGUGUCUGAAGGAUAGCGCGGCCAGGUUUGAAGAACAGUUCGGGACCAGAGAUAUCACUCACGGGUUUGUAAACAGUCUGGAAUGCGCAAUCAUGACACAGGUAACUUAGAAAGCGGG